AUGAGACAGAAUUGGUGUUGCACAUUAUUUUUGAUUGCCUGCUUGACGGCGGUUUUGGUGAAAUCUGAAUCUUUCGUCGAAGUCGACGAAGAUGGCAAUGAAAUUGAGGUUAAACGCUUCUAUAUCGAAGGACGUCAGCUAAAUGGUGGCCGUCGACAAUGUGUGGAGACACGCCGACGUAGACGUUCUUCAUUCUACGGGCAAGAGGAUGAGAAAGCAAAUGAGGAUAUUAUUACAACCGCGCCAUCGGGUAUUGAAACCGCAGUAUCCAUUGAUGAAGAUGAAGACGAGAAGGAAGAUGAAACCGCUGCCGGUUUAAUGGGACCACUCAAGGAUAAAAACCGUAUUCAAUCGCAGAACACAGGAGGCAAUAACCAUGAUGAGGGUGACGAAGAAGAAGAGGAGGAAGAAGAAGAGGGCGUACUAAAUUUACCUGUAGUAGCGCAAAUCACACAUGACAGUGGACACUCCACGGUGGCGGCCGCCACAACUGGCCAUAAUGGCGUAGUUAUUGUACAAACGAACACGCCACCCAAGGUGAAUCCACAAACGCAUGCCGUUUUCGAACUACUACCGGUUAAUCAUGAAGACACCGAUGGCGAGGGAGGCGACGACUAUGACGAAAAUGGUCAUUUUAUAUACCAAGAGGAAAUUAGUCCAGUAAGCACUACAGCUAUAUGGUCCACGGGCGAGGAUGAUCCAAUACCAUAUAGUCAAGCUGAGUUGGAUACUCUGAAUGACGACUAUCAGGAUACUUCUGAUAUAGAUGAUGACGUAGAGGGUGGAAAGCCAAGGCCUUCCAAGAAACCAUCCAAGCGACCAACGAAAAAACCUACAAAGGAACCCUCGAGAAGUCCAAAUAAGAGGCCCAACAGACGACCCAACCAAUCGGGCAAUAAAAAACGUCGACAAGGCAACAAGAAUAAAAAGUCACCCGUCAGACGUGGUAACGGCAACAAUAAUAGACGUCGUCCCAAUAAACAAAAUAACGACUUUAAUGGUUUACGUGCGACCGCCAACCGACGUAGGAAACAAAAUCUAAACAAUCGUGAUAUCAAGCGUAAUCAAUUGAAUAACGAUGAUCACGAAAAUCAAGGCACAAAUACGUUUACGAAGACCGAGACCUUGACGCGGACCGGCACGGGUAACGACGAUAGGAAUGUGAAUUGUAUUAUCAUAAAUAAGACCACAACGCCCCGUCCGUUCUGGGGUCUAUUCGGCCGCAGCGCCGAUGGUGAUGUUGAGGCGCCCACGGCGAGACCUUAUGGCAGAAGGAAGCGCAUAAACUUUAGUCUGCCAGCUUAA